UAAGACAAAGCACGGUGCCGUCCCGGCAGGCGCAGGCGCCAUGGAACUGCUAUCCUGUGUCCUGCUGUGGAAACUGGUGCUUCUUCAGAGCUCUGCAGUCCUAUCCUCAGGGCCUUCAGGAACCGCAGCAGCCAGCAACUCUCUGGUGUCUGAGUCUGCGGUGAGCUUGGCAGCCGGAACCCAGGCGGUGCUACGCUGCCAGAGCCCGCGCAUGGUGUGGACCCAAGACCGGCUGCAUGAUCGCCAGCGCGUGGUCCACUGGGAUCUCAGCGAUGGCCCAGGCAGCCAACGGCGCCGACUUGUGGAUAUGUACUCGGCGGGUGAACAGCGUGUGUACGAGCCGCGCGAUCGCGACCGCCUCCUGCUGUCGCCUUCUGCCUUCCACGACGGCAACUUCUCGCUGCUCAUCCGCGCUGUGGAGAGAGGCGACGAAGGGGUGUACACCUGCAAUCUUCACCAUCACUACUGCCACCUAGAUGAGAGCCUGGCUGUGCGCCUCGAGGUCACAGAUGAUCCCCUAUUAAGUCGCGCAUACUGGGACGGUGAGAAGGAAGUGUUGGUGGUGGCCCAUGGCGCGCCGGCACUGAUGACUUGCGUGAACCGUGCGCACGUGUGGACUGACCACCACUUAGAGGAGGCGCAGCAGGUGGUCCAUUGGGACCGACAGCUACCUGGGGUGUCACAUGACCGCGCUGACCGCUUGCUUGACCUGUAUGCAUCUGGCGAGCGCCGCGCCUAUGGUCCGCCCUUCCUGCGUGAUCGUGUGUCAGUGAACACCAACGCUUUUGCACGCGGUGACUUCUCCUUACACAUAGAUGAGCUGGAGCCAGCUGAUGAGGGCAUCUAUUCCUGCCACCUGCACCACCACUACUGUGGCCUCCACGAGCGCCGAGUCUUCCAUCUACAGGUCACGGAGCCUGCCUUUGAGCCACCAGCUCGUGCUUCUCCUGGCAAUGGGUCUGGUCACAACAGUGCUCCUAGCCCAGAUCCCACCCUGGCCCGAGGCCACAGCAUCAUCAAUGUCAUUGUCCCAGAGGACCACUCACAUUUCUUCCAGCAACUGGGUUAUGUGCUGGCCACCCUACUGCUCUUCAUCUUGCUGCUCAUCACUGUAGUCCUGGCUACACGCCAUCGUCACAGUAGAGGAUGCAAGACCUCAGACAAAAAAGCUGGGAAAUCAAAGAGGAAGGAUGUGAACAUGGUGGAGUUUGCUGUAGCCACAAGGGACCAGGCUCCAUAUAGGACUGAGGAUAUCCAGCUAGAUUACAAAAACAACAUCCUGAAGGAGAGGGCUGAGCUGGCCCACAGUCCCCUCCCUGCCAAGGAUGUGGACCUGGAUAAAGAGUUCAGGAAGGAGUACUGCAAAUAAAUGGACCCUGAGCUUCUGGCUGGGCCAGCAGCUCUGUAUCAAAGGACAUCUCCCUGACCCUCCUGCGGUAUUCCUGGCUCUUCUCAGCGGCUGGUCCGACUUACCUAGAAUCUUGGCUUAAACUUGGCAGAGCAGUUGCCUGUACUUUGCUCUUCCUAGAAUCAUCACCCUCAUCUUGGUGAGCAACUGUGGGUUCCCUAGGGACUCUGGUAUAGUAUCAUUGAUGCCCUUCAAUCACCUACUUGUACCUACUGGUGGCUGUAUCCCCAACUUCAACACAACAAAGGUACACCAAAGAUCUACCUUGUUAAUAUCCACCAAAUACAAAGUCCCUCAUGGCCUCUUACUGCUAGGGUUAGGAAAACACUUAAGGAUUCUAGUUAAGACUCCUAAGGCUGGAGAGAUGGCUCAGCAGUUAAGAGCACUGACUGCUCUUCCAGAGGUCCUGAGUUAAAUUCCCAGCAACCACGUUGUGGCUCACAACCGUCUGUAAUGGGAUUCGAUGCACUCUUCUAGUGUGUGUCUGAAGACAGCUGCAAUGUACGCAUAUAAAUAAAAAUAAAUAAAUCUUUAAGACUCCUAGCCGCCAGUUGAACACAUUAGCCAUUGUCCUGGGGGUCUUCCUGAAUCACACUAUGUCUGUGCAUUUGCUCAAAGCCCUGCUGUCAUAUGUUCUGACUCAUGGGCCCUCCUUGCUGCUUUGGGCAACUUGGGGCUGGUCCAUGGCCCUUUCUCUGCUUCUGAUUCCUUUCUGCUGAAUGCCUUCUGAGAGCUGUACCAGCAGUUACUCGGUACCAUGUGACUCUUGGCCUUGACAUCCCUCCCUAGGCUGGAGUCUGGGAUUGGGGCCCCAUUUGUCCUCUGUUUUGGCUGAAGAUGGGGUGAAGAGGGUUCUGAGGGGCCUGUGCUGUCACAUCAAACAGCUAUUAUUUGCUCCUACUGGGGAAGUUUUCAUGUGAUAAUAAAAGAUACAUCUGAUUUUUAGUCUUGGA